AUGGUCAUCCAACGCGUGUGGCGUAGUCAGUCCGCCAGGAUCAGCCAGGAUCAGCCAGGAUCGGGAUCAGCAGCGGCCACACCGACGACAACAUCGGCGCCAGCAACAAGUGCCUCCGACACGCUGGCCACCACCACCGCCAACGCCACAACAAACGGGACGGAGGUCGACAACAACAGCCCACCAACGACGGGAAUGCGACAGAAGUUACACAAAAACACGCUCUCGAGCGAGGCGACGCUCGAUGCCCUGAAGCAGCGCUAUAGCACCGGCAGGUCCUUCAUGAGCCAAACGGCAAACGAUGCGGCCAUCAAGUCGCUGGAACUGCUUCGGUCCGUCCUUCAGUACCAGUUCGAUCGCGAAGUGGACACGAUCGUACGCAAAUUCCAAACCACGUACUUUGUGCCAGCGAUCCGCAACAUUAGGGAGAACCUGGGCGAUGGGGCCAUCUCGGAGGAAGCGUUGAAGGGGGUGUUCUGUACGCUUCUCGAAGCCUCCAAGGCACAGUACGGGGCCAGUCAGCUGGCGUCCCCGACCGGAAACUCCUUGUCGCGCGCCAACACACCCGGCAUGGAGCUGAGCGAUUCGGACUCGAGCACCGACAAUGCUCCGGCCGCCGCGGGAGGAAUCGGUGUGGCUACCAGUCUGCUGCACCAGGCGCUAAAACGCAAGCUUCCGGAACCGAACCAGCCGGAUCUGUUCAAGCGGCAGUACUUCCUGCACGGCCCAAUCUACCCACACGCCCAGUACCCGGCCGCAUCGGCUCCAUCACAAGCGGGAGGUGUUGCGGGAGGAGGCUCUGGAGGCAUGGCCACGACCACAACGACCCGACCCACCAACGUGACCGUGCCGGAGACGGUCAUCACACCGGAAAGUCUGUUCAUACUGGACUUCAAGGCGGCCCGGGUUCUCGGAGCCACGGACUUCCGCGAGCGAUUGGCCAACAGGCACCCGGAAGUGCUUCGCUACUGUCCCGAUGCGCAGGACCGCGACUGGCUGCUGCAGCAACGGCAGGUGACGCCAUUGAACAAAAAUGGCCGCUACUUCCUGCUGGCGCUCGACGAUGUGCGGAAGCUGAUCGAACGGAACGCAUUCGAAACGUCCGCCGGACAGCAGGGCACCCUGCAAGGCUUCAAGGUGACGGAGCUGAUCUACGCCAAGAUCCAAAAGUUGCUGAAGGAGCUUACGGAACGGCACCAGAGAACGUCGGCUGGUUUCGAGCCUCCGAAGGUACCGGCCUCCUCCGUCUCGCUACCGAACCGGUCACGGGUUUCCUCGCUUAGUUCCUCGCACGCCACGCUAACGGCACUGCUUUCAACCCCACAACCGGUGGCUUCCGGUGGCACCGAAUCGACGCCGACGACUGGCGAAGGACCUUAA